AUGGCUGAUAGCUACAACCCCAACGAGAAGACACCUCUGAAUAUUUCUCCAGAAACGAUGGGUAGGGUAAUUCGGGCACAGAGGCGCUCCCACACCAUCUUCAAGGCGCACACCCACCAUAACAAGGCGCCUGCGCAAUUCCGUGCCCUUGACUUUGCGGAGCGCAAUGGUUACGUUCGGGGAAUUGUGAAGGAGAUCAUCCAUGAUGCUGGCCGUGGUGCUCCCCUCGCUCGCGUCGUCUUCCGCGACCCCUACCGAUACAAGCUCCGCAAGGAGACAUUUAUCGCCACCGAGGGUCUCCACACCGGUGCCUUUGUCUACUGCGGCAAGAAGGCGACUCUUGCCGUCGGUAACGUUCUCCCUGUUGCCCAGUGCCCUGAGGGUACUAUUGUCUGCAACGUCGAGGAGAAGGUCGGUGAUCGUGGUGCGCUUGCUCGGACAUCAGGCAAUUAUGCCACCGUAAUUGGCCACUCGCCUGACGAGAACAAGACCCGGAUUCGUCUUCCUUCUGGCGCGAAGAAGACCGUCUCCGGUAGCUGCCGUGCUGUUAUCGGCAUUGUCGCCGGUGGCGGACGUAUCGAUAAGCCUCUGCUCAAGGCUGGUCGCGCGUAUUACAAAUACAAGGCCAAGCGCUACAACUGGCCUCGUACUCGUGGUGUUGCCAUGAACCCCGUCGAUCACCCACACGGUGGUGGUAACCACCAGCACAUCGGAAAGGCCUCUACCAUCUCCCGCCAAGCCGUCCCCGGUCAGAAAGUCGGUCUUAUUGCUGCUCGGCGCACUGGUCUGCUUCGUGGUACCGUCAAGGUCAAGGAGGUAUGA